AUGACCCGGAUGUCUUCCUCACCGCCUGCGCAGGCGCAGGAUGAUGAGGCGGCUCGUCUACAGGCUCUUGGUGUCGAUGUGCAAAACCAAGAUGACCUUGAGAAAGAUGUUGCUGAAACUGCCGACAAGUUACUUGCGGCUCUCGCCGAAGAAAACGAGACCAAACGCAUGGAAAAGGCCCUCCGAGAAAAGGACCGCGUAGAUACACAGAUUCGACAGAUCGAACUUCGCCUGGCUCAACCGGUCACCCAUGCCACCAAGCAGCGUCUUCAAACCGAGCUGAACCGACUCAAGGCAAGCCAAGCUGGAUUUAUCAAAGAUGUGGGCGAAAUUCAAGAACGAAUCGACGGGCAGCGCGAGGCCCAGCAAACAGCGCCUACAACCUCUGGUGGCCGAUUGCCAAACGAGUCCCGACGCGAUUACCUCCUGCGCACCGGGCAGAUCACGCCCUUUGAGACCGUCGAGAGUGAUGCCACUGCAGGACCGAGUACGACACUCCAUGAUGUCCUCGCCGACGCUGUGGACAAACAGACAGCCGAAGAAGAACAAGAAAAAGCGCGCAAGGAUGCUUCCCACCGCAACCUGACUCGUCCUGAUCUUGCUUUCGCAGACGUCACGAAAACCGACCAAGCUGAACCAAGCCGCAAGCGUCGCAAACUUGAUACGACCGCGUCCACCUCAGCGACUCGGGAUUCCUCUCGGUUUCACAAGAGGCGCACUUCGAUUUCUUCUUCGUCUAGUUAUGUUGCCUCCCCCACGUCAGAGGAUGACGACGACUACAUGCCCGACACCCUUCCUGAAAAAAGUGGACCUGCCAAGCGUAAAGCAAAGAAGGCCACUAGCACCAAAAACCAAAGUGAGCUUCAAGCCCUCGGUAGCGUCGAUGACGGAAAGGAAUCCGUCUACAAGAAACGCCUGGAGAUAUGGACUCGCACACGGAGUAUCUUCCGCCAGCAAGAACACCCCGAAGCUGAAGACGAUUCCGAUAAACCAGAGUGGGAGAAAUGCCACCCCAAAUAUCCGGAUCUCGAGCUUUCUCAUGAUCUCAAAAUCCCUGGUGAUAUUGCGCAUCAUCUUUUCCCAUAUCAAAAGACAGGUGUACAGUGGCUCUGGGAACUUCAUCAGCAGUCUAUUGGGGGUAUCGUUGGAGAUGAGAUGGGCCUGGGCAAGACCGUACAGGCAAUCACUUAUCUUGCAGCGCUACAUCACAGCGGAAAGUACUCCAAGCCCUCGAUUGUCGUCUGCCCCGCGACUCUCAUGGCGCAGUGGGUGGCCGAGUUUCAUCAGUGGUGGCCACCUUUCCGCGUCUCAAUCUUGCAUUCGUCUGGCAGCGGUAUGAUUAAUCUGAAAAGGGAAAAGCACCAAGAGGAAACGGAUGAAGAGGAUGAUGCUUCGCCAAGCACUCGUUUUCUCUCCUCAAGCAAGAAGGCAGCCAAGAAAAUUCUGAAACGUGUUAUGGAAGACGGUCAUGUGCUGGUGACGACCUAUUCUGGUCUUGAGACUUAUGCCGACCAGCUUGUGGGUGUCGAGUGGGGAUGUGCGAUUCUUGAUGAAGGACAUAAGAUCCGCAAUCCCGAUGCCGCGAUGACUCUCAGCGCCAAGGAAUUACAGACACACCAUCGCAUCAUUCUCUCCGGGACUCCGAUUCAAAACAGCCUGAUCGAUCUCUGGUCCCUGUUCGAUUUCGUUUACCCAAUGCGACUCGGCAACCUGGUUUCCUUCAAGAACCAGUUUGACACCCCAAUUCGCCAAGGUGGAUACGCCUCUGCUACCAAUCUUGAAGUUCAGACGGCCAUCAAAUGCGCCGAGACAUUGAAAGACGCGAUCAGUCCUUAUCUUUUGCAACGCUACAAGACUGAUGUCGCCUCUGAUCUGCCCCAAAAGAAAGAGCAAGUCAUUUUCUGCAAAUUGAACUCCUACCAACGUACCAUGUACAACCGGUAUCUGUCAUCCAAGGACAUGGAGGCCAUCCACAAGGGGAAAAUCAAGUCCUUCUCCGGUAUUGAUACCCUCCAAAAGAUCUGCAAUCACCCGGACCUUGCCACAGGUGACAUUAAGCCUGAGGAUAAAGAGUACGGCCACGAGGAUCGUUCCACCAAGUUGCAAGUCCUGAAAAGCUUACUUCAGCUCUGGAAGGACACCGGCCACAAGACGUUGCUCUUUGCUCAGACCGUUCAGAUGCUCAACAUCCUGGAGAAGUUUAUUAAUUCUCUGGGCGGAUUCUCUUGCCGUCGAAUGGAUGGAUCCACUCAAAUUUCCAAGCGUCAGGGCAUGGUCGAAGAGUUCAACAUGGAUCCCAACCUACACGUCUUUCUCAUGACCACAAGGGUGGGUGGAAUCGGCCUGAACCUCACCGGCGCUGACCGUGUCAUCAUCUUCGAUCCCGAUUGGAAUCCAUCUACAGACGUUCAGGCAUGCGAGCGCGCGUGGCGCCUUGGACAAACAAGAGAUGUGACCAUUUUCCGCCUCAUGAUGAAGGGAACCAUUGAAGAGAAAAUUUAUCAUCGCCAGCUCUUCAAGCAGUUGAUGACAAACAAGAUCACCAAAGAUCCACAGCAGCGAGAAGCCUUCCACCUCAGCAACCUCCAUGAUUUAUUCUCGCUAGCUGAGGAAGAUGAUCACAAUCUUGAGACAACUCAACUGUUCAAACAUGCCGAGGUUGCCUACAAAGAAGAAGCUCCUGAAUAUCUCCCCACUAAGGCUAGCCGAGCUAAGUCCCUCCAGUCGGCUUCUGAUAAUCCGAAUGAAUCAGCGGAUAAUCUGGGCAAUAUCUCCGGCAUUGCCAACAUCGAACAAUUCAAAACCAAAGAACAGGCUGAGGAAGAGGCUAGUGGAAGUCGCAAGAACGAAAAUUCGGAGGAACGUCUCAUGCACAAAAUCUUCGCUGGCUCCGCUAUUCAUGCUGCCGUGGAGCACGACAAAAUUAUCAACGGUAAACGUGUUGUGCAAGCCGAUCCCAAGAUGAUUGAGGCCGAAGCACAACGUUUCGCCAAUAAGGCUGCUGCCGCACUUCGCAAGUCCCAAGAGAUCGCCCAAUCAGUUCCAAUUGGACUACCGACCUGGACCGGGCACCAUGGUGUUGGUGGCCGAGACCUUGGACGAGGUGGUCGAGGAGGUGCUUCAUCUACUUCUGCUCCGCUCGCUGGCCUAACUCACAUGCCUCGUGGGGAUGAGUGGAUUCCACUUCUCAAGGAGUUCUUCAAGUCCGCUCGGGGCCCAGUCAGCACACAAGUCCUCGUGGAUAAUUUUGAGAUUUAUUGCACCACUCCAACGCGGACCGAUGAGUUCAAGAACAGUUUGCAAACAUUGGCCACAAUGACCAAGGAUAGGCGCGACCGUGGGGUUUGGACUCUUCAGACCGGAGUCCCCCCCAGAGAAAGAAAUAAUCAUCUUUCAUUUAUCUUUGAUGGAGGACCUGAGGGGUAA